AUGGACCCCGAUAUGCGCCUCCGAUAUGAGGGAGUGGUGAACGCCCUCUCCGACGCGGAACACCGUCAAGUCGCGCGGGACAUCCGGCACGACCACAUGAAGGCUCUCGGUGACAACGCGACUUUGACCGCUCUCAACACUCGCCUUCGGCAGGACCUGGAGAGCGAGCGACUGGAGCGCGCUGAGGAUAUUGCGAGGCUAUCCGACAAGCAACAGGCGAUUGUCGCUGACCUGACGCAGCAACUUGGGAGGGGACAGUCGGAGAGGAGGAGCGAGGCGUUGUCGACGCAGCUCGGUGCGUGCAGGCAGGCCCUGCAGCUUCAGAAUACGCGCGUUGCGGAGUUGGAAGAAGCUCUUGCGAACUUGAGGAACGCGGAGCAUCAACGGGCGAAGAUGCUGCACGAGGAGCGACCUCUCGCGCGCUCGGGUGAAAUCAGUAGCCAAGCGGCGCGUAGCGGUGAUGCGACAGAAGAGGAGAGCACAGGUACUACGGCUCAAGGAGCGCCAUCUGUGAGCUCAACACCUGACGAUUUCGUGGACGAUGGAGCAACGCCUCCUGCAUGGGACGGGCCUUCUGCUCUUAACGACCAGCUCGAAGACGAUGAUCCAGUAGGGGAUUUUGGUGGCGCUUCCGACGAUGAUGCACGGCAUUCUCCGUCUGCGACACCUGGACCGGCACCGACAGCUAGUUCUCAACGCAAGCGCCGAGCAAAGGCAACGACAGAUGUGGCUGGUUCAAGCACACGAACCUCAGCUCGGCUAUCGGCUGCGACGCGGCACUCUGCCACGCCGAGUUCAGCACCUUCGAGUACAAACCAGCGCAAGUCGAGGAGGAAUAAACGUCGUGCCGAUUGGGAUGAAGCUGGAGAGGUCGACCUGCACCCGGAGAAGCGCCAGAAAAGUACAGACUUGAGCUCGGCGUCCGUGGCGUCUAUGUUUGCAGCUUAUCCUUCUGGCACUGCCAACAGCGACAAGAUCAGCAUUCGAUGCUUCGUUGACGACGAUACGUUGACGACAAUAUGGGAUAAGCAUUGCAAGGUGGAUCUUGACCCAUUCAAGCACUGCUCAGACGAUACUGAAAUCGUGUAUGAGAUAGGGGAUAUCAUUCUCUUCAGAAAUGACUGGUACGACAUGAGAGGUCCUGCAGACAUUCUUGAGACUUCCAAGCAGUUUCCCCUCGUCUGGACGGGUAUCUUGUGCAAUUAUAGCUCGGGGAACCCGUACGAGCAAACAGAAGACGGUAUCGUGGCGCUGCCGGUGCAUUCGGAGGACGAACCCAUCACAUCUAUUGCUGUCAUGUGGCUCUUCUCUCAGAACGACAUUACGAAGACCCUCGAUAAAACGGUAAAGCAUCACCAGUAUCUCGAUAUCGUGGACGAGACAAACCUUCGAGCGACGUUCUUUGGAGGCAAUGUGCCAGAGAAACAGCGCUUCUUCUCUUCUGAGCUUGAGUGGAUGAAUGUCGGGGAUCUCUGCGGCCAUCUUAACCCGCGCGACAUUGGGUGCGCUCCGGACUCUGGUCGAGCGGUUAUUGUCGACUGGUCGGGCCCCGUGCUAGAGCAUAGAGAGGAGAUGCGCAGACCCAAGGGGGCUAGAAAGUCUCAGCUUACACAUAUCUACACGCUGAAGCAAGGGACUGGGCUGGGCGAUGACGACUUUCCUGACGGGUGGAUCCAUGAGUGA